ACGAAAGAGUCUUGUUUCAACAAUAGCAAGAGUUCACUGGUGAGGGUAUCUACGAAUGCGUAUCGCCGAGCAAGCAUAACCAGUAAAGAUUUUCUUUUGACGUUCCUGCCUAAGAUUUCAAUCAAGACUUUUACAACGAAAUAUGGCAACAGUUAAGAUUGAACAAUUUCCUGAAGGCGAGACUGAGCGGUUAAAGAAGGUGUACCCAACUCCGUUUAUUAAAUUUGGCCAGAGGUUCAUACGGACGAUCCCUGGCAAUUGUGUUUUUCCUGCCGCUUUCGAAAAAUUCAAAGAUCGAUUCAAGACAUGGAAUACACGCGCAGACGAUGUGUACGUCUUAACGUUUCCGAAAAAUGGAACAACCUGGACACAAGAGCUUGUUUGGUGUAUUCAAAAUGAUUGUGAUUUUGACAAGGCCAAAAAAGUCAUGGCGAUUGUCAGGGUGCCAUUUCUGGAGGCACCAGUCCUGUCUGACUUCAUAAAAGAUCUUGUGCCGUUUUUUAGCGAAGAUCUGUUGGCGAGGGUUGACAAAAUGGAUUCGCCAAGAGUUCUGAAAUCUCACCUACAAUUUUGCCUGUUCCCUGAUGACCUUUUGGAGAAAAGCAAAGCAGUCAUAUGCCUGCGAAACCCCAAGGACACAGUGGUUUCAUUUUACAAUCAUGAAAAGUUGAUACAAACUCAUGAUUACGAUGGUGAUUUUGAAAGCUAUUUUGACCUAUUCAUGGAUAAUCUGCUAAUCUACACUCCAUAUUUCGACUAUAUAGUAGAGGCAUGGAAAAGAAGGGACCAUCCAAAUGUGUGUCUUUUGUUUUUUGAAGAUAUGAAGGCUGAUCUGGCUAGCUGUGUAAGAAAAGUGUCGAAAUUUCUUGGAAAAGAAGUAUCAGAUGAUCAAGUAACAUCUUUAGUUGAUCAUUUGAGCUUCAAAAAUAUGAAAGAAAACGAUUCGGUGAAUAUGAAGAUAUUCCAGGAUGGAAAGAUUUUGAAAAAGGAAGGGAGCUUUUUUCGUAAAGGAGAAGUUGGAGAUUGGAAGAAUUAUUUCACUGACGAGAUGAACAAGCGGAUGGAUGAGGCAAUUGAGAAAUAUUUAAAACCGAUAGGACUGGAAUUCCGAUAUGAGUAACUAGAUUUUUCUUAAUACUUUUUAGAAUACAUAUAGCAAGAAGCAUAGCACUCACUGAUAUUAGCAUUCCUCCACCUUUUUCAAGGGCUUUCUAUGACCUUACUACAAACUUACAUCGAUUCAAAAUUUUCUGUAUUAAGACGUGUUGAUGUAACGGGGUUUACUUGUAGUCCCUUAUAUUGUCUUUUCUUCGUCAAGGAUAUCGUGUAUAGAGUGUCACCCCAACCUCCCAACGUACGUAAUAGGAUUGCACACUCAUAUAUGUAAACUAUAGAAACAUUCGUAUGUUAAUUAAUGUGUCUCUAAUUUCAUGCGUAUUAUUUGAAAGAUAAUAAUAAUGGUAAGCCAGUUUCGAGUCUCCUUCGGUCCUUACCAGUUACGACUGCUCAUAAGUUACAGCUAAUCCUAACCUGUAACAAGUACAAACCUAUGUUUAACCGUAUUUUUAUAGAAAACGGGAAAUCGCUACACUGAGGCUAAAACUGAGGGGCUUUUAUUUUUAAAGCGAGUCUUUUUUGACUUUCUUAAAGACAUUGAAUUAUGAUGGGCAAAAAUGACUUUUCUAAAAAAACAAUUAUUAGGCAAAAAUUGAGUGCUGGCAUAUCCUAGAACAUUACAGUCGUCGCUAAUCAUACUAAAGAAGGAGGGCAAUAACCAAUCAAAGAAACUGCUUUAAGCCUUUUUUGGUACCCCCGAGGAGUCAACGAGUCCUCGAGAUUGUAGAAGCUAAAGCCUUAACUAGCAUUCGCCUAUAAAAACAUAUUCGUGGCUUUGCCAUUCUAAAAUCAGCUGAAGGGGAAAUAUAAUGUCUGUCCCCUAGGAGACUGGAAGAAAAAGGCGCGUUAUCAGAUCACGUCAGCACUCGCGUCAGUUUAGAAUACUUGCGGCUUUUCCAUCAGCAGCUACGUAUCAAAUAAUUCCAGGAAAUGACCCAGGAGCCUAUAGUACAGGACCAAACAGAGCUGGAGAUUAAGAAUGAAAGGAGGAAAACUACAGAAGAAGUGGAACCAAUACACUCUGCGCGAACAAAACAUUUUACUUACAUCAAAGAAACUGAUGCAUUUUGGAAAAAAGAAAGGAAAGACCCACAGGAAUGCAGAAGAUUGUUUAAAAUAUUCACCAACGCCUUUAAAGGUUGAAAGGACAAUUUCUCCCAUUGGAAACCCGAGGUACAAGAGUUACAGCUAGAAGACGCAGAUCCGUCUAUAACAGUGAACAUAGGUCCAAGUUUUGUUGCAAUCAAAGAGGUCAACUAAUACCAUACAAACAGUCGCUUGGCCUACGAGGCGAUCAAUUUCCCAAUCAAAGGAAACACCCUGAAUUGCUGUUGAUAGUCGGUAUCUCAUCGUCAAUUACGAGAAAGGAAGUCCCAUAAGCAAAAUGAAUUGUCUUAGGUAAGUAUUACUUCUUACAUGAAUAAUUAAACAUUAUUUUGAAACUAGAAUUUAGGUAAAAGUAGCUUGUUUUGGUGUAAAAUCGGAUGGUUGAAAAUUGGGAAAAUUUUGUUAGCGUUAAAGGGCUUGGGGAAGGUGACAUUUUCCAUCAUUUACUGCUAGUCAUUGGUAAAACGCUCAUUCUGCACCAUGAUGUACUGACAUGAUAUCUCUUAUAAAUGAUUUGUAACUGUAGCGUAGAUGCAGGAACAAUUCACUUGUACGACUAGAAGGAGCAAACGCGAAUCUUACCUUUUCACAUCAUACCUCUUAUUAGAUAUUCUACAAACUUUUAAAAAUAACUGUUUGAUAAGAAUGAAGUCAUAUAUUUUGUUAAAUUUAUGAAGAUUGCGAGUUUAGUGGAAAAUGAUUUUGUCUCUUAGGCUGGAUAAGUGUUGCUUUCUCCCUGUAAAAUCUUGGAAGAUAGUGUCGCGCUAACUUAAAGAUAGGCUUUGGGCUUUAAUCUAACUUUCAACUCUUACAUAUCUCUAGCAAACAAUAUAUCAAUUGAUAUCUAACAUUUUUAUCACCUGUGUACACGUUUCAAAUACAGUCAAUUUGUCUGAGAGUCGUCUUCAUCCAAAAGCAAAUUAUGAAUAGAAAUUUACUUUGAUUUUCAACAUUGGGCAUCUUCUGCCGUUCUAUAUAUCGCGAUUUCAAAAAAUGUUUCUGAGGACAAGCCCCCGAUCCCCCGUUUAACUUGCAACCAUUCAGUCAUUUAUUGCGAAAGGUUUUAAAAAUGAAUUAUGACAUUAUCAAAAAACUGAUUCUUGGCUACACAAAAUUUUUCCAGACCCAUUUUACAAACCCCAAAGUUAAGCAACUAUCGAACCUAUUGCCGCCCUUUUGGUUGCUUUUCCCGCUGGGUUGAAUGGUAGCCAGCCCGGCACUGGUCGCAAACAUAUUUGACGUGACUGUUUACUGUAUGUGAGCAUUGGUAUCUCCCCACACGCUAUCAGAUUCAGUUGCACAUCCUGUUAAAGGGAGAAUAAACAGCCAAUAAAUAGGUUUUGCUUCAAAUAUAACGGGUACUGGCUGUCAUGUUUAUUUGGAGUGUCUUGAUAUUAAGCGGACCAAUUUUAUUGGCUACAUUGAGUCUAAUUCACUUUAAUAAAGCAAAGGUACGGUAAUCACAAUUAGUGGAUUUGUUGACUCGAAUCGCUGUUUGACGAUAAUAUUUCUGUCACUGACUUGGUACAUAGCAAAUUUUGAUGCAGGAAACUUUGCGAUUGGAUUGCAAUAGGAAGGAGAUUGGGAGAUAAUCUGGUCUGCCAAUUUCACCAAUAAAAUCGGCAGCUGUAAAGAUAUCCAGCCUAAGAGGUUUCUUGUCAGAAGUCUACCUACAUUACUACCAAUAUUUUGUCUUUAGAUAAAAAGUUAUAUUAUUUUUUCUUCUUGCUCUCUUAAUAUCAUGGAUAUCUUACAAGCUGGGAAUUAUUCUGCUUUUUUGAAACUUCAAGCCACCUUCACUCUGUCGAUGCAAGAUAUACCAAUUUUAAGAAUUGCAAGCUGUACUGUCCACGAUGAAAUUGUAUCAUUUGCAAGUUAUUCUUCUUGUUUUCCUCAACUCUUUUAAAAAAGCUGAAACCUACUUUUUUCAUUGGAAUCUUGCUGUUCGUUGUUUUAACAGCCAAAUUCGAAUUUAAAAACAAUUGGGCAUUCUCUUUAUGCAACUUUAUAUUCAUAGAAGAUCUUGUAAACUGAAGAUCCACUAAAGUCUAGCUCGUUAUACUUAAGCGCUU